CAUUGUUUUAUUUAAAAGAUUAUUCAAAGUAAUACGUCAUUUUGAAAGAAGCAUGCUUUGAAUUCGUGUCCCUCAGUCAUUAGGCACGUUUUUUUGUCACACUCCCUUCUAACAAGUCCUUGUCCAGAAAGGGAAACAAAAGCCACAUAUGUGUUAGACUGGUAGCUUUCAGGAAUGGGGUCCUAAUAUUUUGUAGCUUAAACCGUUCAAAUGCUAGAGCCAAAUGCAUAUGAAGAAAACAAAAAAAAUCUAUAUGCCACAAAGGUGCAAGAAACCACAAAAAAACGCUAGUGCUUGUCCUUUGGGCCGCCAGUUGAAUAGCCCUGCACUAUAGGUUAUGUGUGAUGCAAGGUAAUAGGUAAAUCAGUCAGUAGGCAGUCACCUGCAGUAAUUUUGAUUCUCUGGAACACGGCCAGUGUCUACAUGGCAGUUUGCAGGAAAGCAAUACCUCUACGUCAGAGCGAGAGAGCGCGAGAGAGAGACAGAGAAUUAUAGAGUAACCCUCAUCAGUACCACUGCAAUGACACUUCUGUAGCCUGUGACCACGGCUACAGACCAACUUCUGUCAACUCGAAUUAUUAAUAAUUAACGGUUUUUGGACCAUUUGCUCGACUGUGAGGACAACAAACAUCUCUUAACAAUUAACCAACCAAUUACAGUCCUGUGAACAUUUCGUGGGUGCGUUUGUUUCCCUUAUGUCCCGAAAAUCGAGCGACAAUGACUAUAAUCUUCGUAGUAUGAGCAACCUGAUGGGUGAGAGGAGGAAGAAAGUGAACGAUGACGGAGAGCGGAGCCUCAUCAAAGCUUCGUCCAACGCGAGCAUCAACAGCCAGGCUGCCGAUGUCCCUGCCAAUGCCACUGCCGCCACCUCUACCCGGGACCUGGAGAGAGAGGCGCGUAAACAGUUCCAGCAAGAUGUCACACCUGCGUUUGUUUAUGUUCUAGCUGCGUUCUCCGCGCUGGGUGGCUUUCUGUUCGGCUAUGACACCGGGGUAAUCUCGGGAGCGAUGCUCCUGCUCAAGAGGGAGAUGAAUCUCAGCGCCCUAUGGCAGGAGGUUCUGAUCUCUAGUACUGUGGCUACCGCCGCGCUGUCGGCGUUGGCUGGCGGGUUGUUGAACGGAGUUUUCGGGCGCAGGGUCUGCAUCCUCCUGGCUAGUUUUAUCUUCACAGCUGGGGGAAUAGUGCUUAGCGCAGCUCCUGAUAAGGAGGUUCUACUGGUCGGACGUCUCAUUGUUGGGCUUGGACUUGGUAUUGCGUCCAUGACGGUGCCAGUGUACAUAGCCGAGACGUCUCCCCCCCACCUGAGAGGCCAGCUGGUGACAGUAAACACACUGUUUAUCACAGGAGGUCAGUUCACUGCCAGCAUCAUAGACGGGGCCUUCAGCUACCUACGCCAUGAUGGAUGGAGGUAUAUGUUGGGUCUGUCGAUGGUCCCUGCGGUGCUUCAGUUCGUGGGGUUUCUGUUCCUGCCAGAGAGCCCCCGCUGGCUGAUCCAGAAAGGCCUUACCCAGAAGGCCCGGCGCGUGCUCAGCCAGAUUAGAGGCAAUCAGAACAUAGACGAGGAGUACGACAGCAUCAAGAACAGCAUCGAGGAGGAGGAGAAAGACUGCGGAGGAGAUGGCCCGGUGAUCUGGAGGAUGCUGACCUACCCCCCCACUCGGAGAGCACUCCUGGUGGGAUGUGGACUGCAGAUGUUCCAACAGCUCUCUGGGAUCAACACUGUCAUGUACUACGGCGCCACCAUCCUGCAGAUGUCGGGAGUGCGGGAUGACAAGGUGGCCAUCUGGUUGGCUGGGGUCACAGCCUUCACCAACUUUCUGUUCACCCUACUGGGGGUGUGGCUAGUGGAGAGAGUUGGCCGCAGGAAACUCACCCUGGGGAGCAUCAUUGGUACAUGUCUGAGUCUGUCUCUGCUGGCCAUUGGGUUUCUGCUGUCUGCCCAACACACCCCUCCUGUCACCCUCCACCCCACUGACCCCUCAAUGGUCAACUCCACCUGCAACAGACACCUGCUGUGUGAGCCGUGUAUGCUGGACCCGGGGUGUGGCUUCUGUUACCGUGAGAACAGCACAGCUCUGUUCGCCUCCUCGUGUGUACCUGUCAAUACAGCCUCCACUGAGAAGGCAGCCUGGGGCAGGUGUUCCAACUCGACCCAGCUGAGAGUCCAUACGUACUGGGCCUAUAACUACUGUCCCACCUCCUACUCCUGGGUGGUCCUACUGGGUCUUGUUCUCUAUCUGGCCUUCUUCGCCCCAGGUUUGGGUCCAAUGCCGUGGACAAUCAACUCUGAGAUUUACCCCCUGUGGGCCCGGAGCACAGGGAACGCCUGUUCAGCUGGAGUCAACUGGACAUUUAACUUCCUGGUCUCCCUCACCUUCCUCCAUGUGGCUCAGAACCUCACCUACUACGGAGCGUUUUUCCUUUACUCCAGCCUGGCUCUGCUUGGGUUCUUCUUCAUCUACGGCUGUCUGCCUGAAACAAAGAGCCGGAGGCUGGAGGAGAUUGAGUCCCUGUUCGACAACCAGCUGUGCUCCUGCGGGGCCACAGACUCUGAUGAGGACCGGCAGGUGGAGUACAUCAGGGUGAAGGGGAGCAACUACCACCUCUCUGAUAACGAUGCCUCCGACGUGGAUUAGCCCUAGCCUGAGUGCCAGUCAGUUUGUGCUUUCAUGCCAACUCAAUGUCAUGCCAAAUAAUGGCUUGAUGAUGACAGCCAUGGAGUUGGCAAGAGCACACAGAUCUGGUCCCAGUCUAGUUUGUAACUUUGGCCUUGGAUUUUGUCCCUGUUCUCUCAACUCAGAAAGUAUGUAUCAAGUGUUUUGGAGUAGGAGUGUUGAUUUAGGAUUAGUUUGGCCUUUUAUCAUAAUUAAUAAUAUUACAUGGACAGGAAGCUUGAUACAUACAGCCCCUGAUCUACAACCUCCCCGAGUCCUGUUCUCUGGUUUGCCUCAGUCACGUAGGUUACAUUGCUCCAUCUUUUUCACACACAGGGUAGCUAUUUAUAACACAAGUUACUUACACAUUUCAUUUUGCCAAUGUAAUGUUGUAGUUACUUCUAUAGUUUGAUAAUAAUCUUAUUUUUGAUUUAUAAACCAUCAUGUAAAUAGUAUUAAGCAUACAUUACAUUCAAAUUUAUCCUCAGCAUUUAGACAUCCAUUUUACUGUUCAUAUGUCGCAUUAUUAUGAAUUUCCAUAUAUGAGGCAGACCAACAAUUAACAAAACUAUUGCCUUUUCCCUCACAUAAAAAACCCUAUGAUUAGAGAUAAAACCUCUUCACAACAAAACCUUUAUUGUAGGAGUCCAAACGUCCACUAAAAUGGCCACGAUAUUACAAGUUUUAAAAUCAGAGAGAGGGAUUGUAAUAUAGUGUUGAUACCAGUAUGCCUUUCUAUAUGAAACACAACUCAGAACAAUAUUGUCUCAGCUUGUCUGUAGCAUCACAAAUGGGGUGUCAGACACUAGUAGUACACCUGGGCUUUGCAUCCCAAACGGCACCCUAUUCCUAGUGCACUACUUUUAACCAGAGCCCUAUGGGCCUUGGUCAAAAGUAGUGCAGUAUAAAGGGAAUAGCAUGCCAUUUGGGACUUAACCUGUUCUCUGUCUAUAAUGAUGUUCAGUCUUGCUUUGCUAUUUGUAUUAUCAUGUUGGUUGAUAAGCUACAGUAGCACAUGACCCGUCUCUGUUUUCUCAUUAGUAAACCUAUGGAUUAUUAUGUUAUUUAUUCUAAUGUAUUUUACCCAUGAUGUCGGUGCCUGUACUGAAGUGAAAUGUAUGAAGGAGUUGACUAUAUGGCCAGCCAGCGUGAUGAUAGCCUUUCAGAAGUUGCAAAUGUUUUUAUUAAUCGAUGUAGACUAGACUAUUCAUUGGGUUGUACCUCAGUCUCUGAGGGAAUAACCAUGCAUUGAAAUGGACAGUUUAGUCGGUUAAUGUCACACACAGUUGUUCUUUGGGAAAACAAUGUCAGAAAGAAUGUAUUAUUUUGUCUUCAUUUUACGUUGUCUUCCUCCACAGCCUUAUGUACAAAUUGCAAUGCAUACUCUUCACGUGAAAGAGCUGGGGUUCUCGUGUUCUAAAGGGUCGAGGAGUACUGUAUUGUACUUGCUAAUGUUGUUUUAUAUAUUGUAAAACUAUGUAAGGUGACACCUUUUUAGUUGAGUACUUGAGUACACAUAGAUUUGAGUGUAGCAGACUGGUUGAAAGUGGUCAACAUAAUGUCGCUGAGAAUAUGUCUGUGUAUUAUUGUCUGUGACAAAACAAGAUAGAUAGCUACUAUUGGGAAUUCAAAUAGGAUUUUCUCUAGACUGAAAUGAAAUGACAGCAUUUCAAAGGAUCACAGUUCAUUGGAACAUCAGUGUCAAUACUGGAUUAUUGAGUAUUUAUUAUCAAUAUUUGAGUAUUUGAUUAGAAAUGUGAUUAGAAAAGAGAGGAUACUAGAGGUAGUCUAAACUGGAGGUUCACUGGAAGAUAUAUCUUUUUUUUUUAAUUAUCACAGUUUGUUUUAUAGAGAAAAAACACUUUAUUGCACACCCCCCUUCACAAAGGUGACAACAUUGUCGUCAUGUAACAAACUUGAGAUAGUGUCAAACAAGGUAUUUGAUGUUUUGUGAUUUUAUGAAAAAUGCUCAACAACCCCUUGACAACCCAUUUUGUUAUUACUAUAUUGCCCUCUUUGCUUUAACUCCUAAAUGGGGACAUCCAAUGUGUUUAUGGUGAACGGGUGCAAUUGUUUGUGAAAAUGUGAAAACAAAUUAAAUGCAGUGUUUCUAUUCUAGAUUAUGAAGAAGAACUAGUGAAUAUUUAAAAAAAAAAUGCAUCCAGUGCUGUAUAGUAUACAUUUGAUUAUUGUUGCUGUAAAUGUUUUGCUAGAAUUUAUAUUCUAUCAAAGUAAAUAUAUUCAUGAGAAUCUAGAACACUUAAAUAUGUAUUGGGAAAAAAUAAACGAAUUAUCUUGCAAUG